AUGGUGGUAGUCAAACCACUGAUGGUGGUGCAGGUGAACCCGCUGCUGAUGCCUCCCCUAAAAAAACUGAAGACAUUAAUCCAACUGCUGGAAAUACUUCUGAAGGCCAGGGCGGUAAGAUUACCGUUAACAGCGACGGUCAUAAGGAUAGCGAGGCUGGUGAAAAGGGAGGUGUCACCGCCGCUGUCCCUGCUAUUCCUGUUCCUGCACCUGGUCUGGGCCCCAGUACAGGAGUUGGUCCGGUUCCUCCCGUUGUUCGUGUUUCAGCAAGAAUUACAAAAACUCCUGUUACACCCAGGGCUGGAAUAUAUUGCCCUCGGUAAGCGAAGACGACGUCACAAAAGAGCUGAUCAAGUACGUGGCCCUGCAGCUUUGGAAGAACAACUCUUUGACCAUGUUGACCAGGCAGAUGGUCCACAUGAAUAUACCUUAGUAAAAAAACGCAGACAACCAAGAUCUGCUCCAUCGGGAAGAACAAAGGGGUCAAAAAAACGUGCUGAUCACCGUGUUUGUCACCGCACCAUUAUUGAUAUUCAUUUAGAAGUCUUAGGCGAAUAUCAAAGGGAAAAUUUGCAUUCGACGAAGGAAGACUUUUUUGAAAUUUUGGUUCAAGAAUUUAUGGGAAGCGAAUUUAUAAAAGAAGAAAAUGUUCCGGAGGAAGGUGUCCCAAGUUCAGAUUCCGGGUUUAGGGUUGAUUUUCGUAAGGAACAGUUUACUGAGGAACAGAUGUUCCUAAGGAAUAGGUUCCAGGUUCAGGUUCCUGAGGAGGAAAAUUUUCCUAAGGAACUGGAUCAAAGUUCAGAUUCCGGGUUUAGGGUUGAUGUUCCUAAGGAACAGGUUCCAAGUUCAGAUUCCGGGUUUAGGGAGGAAGACCUUGUUCCUGAGGAAGGUGUUCCUAUGGAAGUGCUUCCUCAGGAAAAUCAAAAAUAG